CAUAGGCGCACUGCGCCCCCCAUAGGCCAUCCGUGAAACGGCAGGGCUGAGAAAACAUCCUGUUGUGUGCUGCGGCGUGAGGACAGCACAACACCAUCGUAUCUUCUGCCGAAUGCUUGGUGUUAUGGAUCUCCUUGUGUCGAGAAAAGCAGCGCACUGAUUUCCCCGAUGGCGGAGUGAGUGAGAAUGCGUUUCCCCAGUUCCAUAUUUGUCUCUGUGUCUCUCUUCACGGCCGAGACCACGGCAGCUCUCUACCUCAGCUCCACAUAUCGCUCAGCCGGUGAUCAAAUCUGGCAAGGACUCACUCUCCUGUUUACGCUUCUCGCGUCUGUGCUCGUACAACUGACCCUCACGUUCAUCCAUCGGGACCUUAACAGGGACCGACCACUUGUGCUGUUCCUACACCUUCUUCAGCUUGGACCCAUCGUUAGGUGUUUGGAGGCCUUCUGCAUCUAUGGCAGCGUGGGCGUCGUGGAGGAGCCCUACGUCAGCAUCACCAAGAAGAAGCAGAUCCCCCGUGGGGGGCCGGCGGAGGAGGUGGAGCGCCAUGUUGGUCAGGCGGAGGGCAAACUCUUCACCCACAGGGCAGCCUUCGCCCGCACCUCCGUCAUCCAGGCCUUCCUGGGCUCCGCCCCUCAGCUCACGUUGCAGCUCUACAUCUGCGUCCUGCAGCGAGGAAUGUCCGUGGGGAGAGGCACUCUGAUGGUCAUCUCCCUGCUGUCCAUCGUCUACGGAGCCCUUCGCUGCAACAUCCUGGCCAUCAAAAUCAAAUACGAGGAGUACGAAGUGGACAUCAGCCCCAUGGCGUACUUCAGCGUCUUCAUGUGGCGCGGCUUUGAGAUCGCCACGCGCGUCGUGGUGCUGGUCCUCUUCAGCUCCGUGCUCAAGCUCUGGGUGCUGCCCGUGGUGUCCCUCAACUUCCUCGCCUUCUUCUUCUACCCCUGGGUCCUGUUCUGGCUGAGUCACUCGCCGUUCCCCGAGAACAUCGAGAAGACCCUGAGCCGGCUGGGGACCACCGUCGUGCUCUGCCUGCUCACCUUCCUCUACGCGGGCAUCAACAUGUUCUGCUGGUCGGCGGUGCAGCUGAAGCUCAGCGACCCCGACCUCAUCAACAAGUCGCACAACUGGUACCGCAUGGCCGUGUUCUACACGCUGCGCUUCCUGGAGAACGCCUUGCUGCUGUCGCUCUGGUACCUGUACAAGACCGACUUCUACACCUACGUCUGCGCACCACUGCUGCUGCUGCAGCUGCUGGUCGCCUACGCCAUCGGCAUCUUCUUCAUGCUGGUCUUCUAUCGCUUCUGUCACCCCUGCCGGCGGUUGUUUUCCUCAAGCAUGACCCAGGGUCUUUGGGACUGCUCCAUGCUCCUCUGCCUGUCCUGCAAGGCUCGGUCGCCCGAGAACAGGCUGGUAGAAAGCCCUGAGAAGGGACUAAAAAGCCCUGACGCAAGCAGAGAGACGUCUGAUCAUUCUGGGUACGGGACACCCAACGACACGACUUUCGACCUGCUUGAUGACUCCACGUAUGACGUUCCUAAUGAAUUGGCUCCCGGUGUAGGAGCUGAGACAUACGGUGCCAUCGGCUACACCGUUGCCAUUGCAACUCAUCAAGGAUCGCAGAAACCUUGAGGAGUUGACUUAUGUGUUAUGUGCCAUUCAGAGGAAUCCAAUUGCACAGGGGAACCCAUGGAAGUUUGGAUUACUUUCUUAACCCUUGAAGUGCCAUAGGGAUCCUUCAGUCAGUCUUACACGUUUAGUUUACACUUCUUAUUAUGGCCAUUAUCCUUGUCGUCUUUGAUGUGGGCCACACUUUAAUGUGGCAUUUUUCAACACUGCAGUUGAUCAAUCAUUUGUCCUUAACGUAAAACCAGAAAGUGGCUGCAAACACAACCAUGUUUCCUGGUAACUUCACAUUUAAGGACGAACUACACUCCAAUACAUUAUGGCUUUAACCAUUCCACCCAGGCAUUCACCUUGCUAGAGUUCUGUGCAGCUACGAACACACAAACACCAUUUCCUCGUCCACUAUUACAGCUCUCACUGGACUGACAACAUGUUGAGCACACAUGGCUGUAUCUAUAUCUAUAUAUGCUGCUAUAUCUCUAUAGUAAGCUAUAUCUCUAAUCACAAGGGGCCAUAGUAUUGGAAUGAUUGUAUCUAGCAGACUUUAACAUGUUGGCAUUGGCCGUGCAUGCAAAGAGCCUUAAAGACUCACCUUUCUACCGCUUAAUCCUCCAGGAAACACUCUUUACAUAGGUGCGUUUUUUUGUAAAAUUUCAUGGCUUUAUGCAGGUUUUUUUUACUCCUUUGAGAAAAGCUUUAUCAAUGGCUGCUUUUGUGAUGUUGUGUUGUGGCUAACGAUGCUAACAAUAAGCUGUCAGCUGUCAAGGGCUCAAGCCCUAAUCGUACGUAGGUUUCCUGAUCGAGUGCACACUGUAGCGGCGGCAUGCACAUCACCAUGUGCAACCAUGAGAUGGCUUAUUGAAAGGGUGAUUUCGGUUUCCUUCGAAGAGCCUUAUCAGCCAGCAACUGUCGAUGUAAAAUGUUUUGUUGUGUGUUUCUGGUGGUUUCUUCCGUGUUCUGUUAGUCUGCCUCUCUGUCUGCAUGUCUGUGUGUCAAAGUGUCUGCAUGUUUUUUCACAGAAAUAUUAAUCAAAUGCUAAUUUUGUUUGGAUAGGAUAUUAACACUGAAUACACACAGAAGUGUGGUAAUAUUAUAAUUGGAGUUGUUAAGGCAAGUACAUUUAAUUCAUUUUGAUCAUGCAAUAUGUGUGAAUUACAAUUUUUGCACCUUUCUCUCAAUUGUACAGUACAGUGAAUGCACCUUUUUGUUCAAUGUGAGAAACAUUGAAGUCAAUCUAAAUGUGAAAGAAUAACUUGGUUAUAUGCACAAUGUUCAAGAAAUAGUACAAAAAAUAUUUUACGAUGCAAAUCAAGUAAAUUUAUAUUCCUAUGAUGAAACAAAUGUCAGUGGCCUUUAUUGAAGCGUAGCAGCUUUUUAUGACAGUUCUAUGCUUCCCUCUAGUGGCGUUCUGGAUUCCAAUGGUAGGCUUCUACUAACUGGUUUGUGUAAAGCACGAAACAAGUUCGAGCUCUGUUUAAAUAAGACCUACAAGGUUACAUCAAACAAAACCAAAUGUAUACGAAAUCCAGGGGUAGCUCUUCAACUACUCACUGGGCGAGUAAUGUGGUGGUAAGUGCUACAGGUAGGCCUAUAGUGUUUGUUUGGUAUUUUGGUUACCUUGGGCAAUUCAGCAUAUUGUGACAAUCCAGCUGCUGCGACAACAGACAACUGGGAAUUCGAUCAGCUCUGUAUGUCAGCUCUGCAUUACAGUGGAGAGAAACAUGAUCACUGGAAAUUAUACUGAAGGAAGAAUGCAAAUGGAACAAUAGAUAUUAAAUGUAGAUCACAUUAAAAAUUUCCAUGAUGUGCAUUCCAAUAACACGUGUUAAAUAGAGCUGAUUGAAAACGGAUAUUGUAUUCAUAAUGUAUAAAGGGUAUAAUUUAGGUUACUGUUCCUCUGUCUUCUGGAUGGAGAAAGGGGAGAUCAGGUCAGCGAGGUAGAGAUGAGAGCUUGAAAAUGUCGGGAAGCUUAAUAAUGUCCUGCGGAUCACCAAUCACUUUAUUUGUCUUGAAAAUAGUACAUAGUCUGAGUUAUGCAGUCCCCACAUGGCUCAUUAGCCGUGGAAGUUGGCCUAUGCAAGUUGCAAAGACAUAAAGAGAAUGGGGAUAUCUACAAAAACCCUUGUGUUUUUACCAUCAUUUGAUCCAGUUCAGGAUCUGGCUUUCCCUUGGCCCACACAUCACAUCUGUCUGCGGUAAUCAAGCGUUCAAGAUGACAACAGCUAAUAGCAAACCUGCUAAAUUAGCCUAUUACACCGACCUGUCUGGGUUUGCUGACGUUUCCAUAUUUCCCCUCUGUGUGGCAUUACAACAACACAUAGAAAAAGGGAAGAGCUCAUCCACAGGUAUGACAACAUCCGCUGUCAUGGCAACGGUAGCGACACUGCUUGUUGUGCUAUUCGUCCCACCUGACC